AUGAGUGGGGACGCCGAGUACAUCACCACUAAUUACAACAUGCGUAACAACGUCAAGCCGUCCUUCUGGGCGCAAAGGACUCGGAUGGAGAAGAGAUUGCUACUGGCCGUGGGGGUGCUGUCUGUGAUCGCCGUCGCCUUUCUGGCUGCUUUCCUCGCCACCGUACUCGUGAAAACUUCAGCUGACAUUAAUGACAUGCCCCAGACUAGCGAACUAAGACUUUCUCCGUCCAUGCCGCCAGCAGUCAUCUCCAAGAACGAGUAUGACUCCAAAAUAUGCAACCUGCCUGGAUGUAUCCAUACAGCAUCGAAAUUGCUGAUGAAUAUGGAUGAGAAAGUUGAUCCCUGCGAUGACUUCUACGAUUUUGCUUGUGGUUCGUUCCUGAAGAACACGCGGAUACCCGACGACAAAACGUCGGUUAAUACUUUCUCCAUCAUCACAGACCAAUUACAGGAGCAAAUUCGUGCAUUGUUAGACGAACCAAUUGCUGAAAAUGAACCUCGUCCCUUUGCUCUGGCGAAGACAUUAUACCAAGCCUGUAUGAAUAGAACUGCUAUCGAAAGUCGUGGAGUUCGACCACUGCUCGACAUGCUGGAGCGCUUGGGCGGCUGGCCAGUGUUGCAAGGGAAUUCAUGGGAUGAGAGCUCCUUUUCCUGGGUAGAAUCCGUGUAUCGAUUCCGCCAAGCAGGUUAUUCUGUGGACUACUUCCUCGACUUCUCUAUUAGCGUCGAUGUAAAAAAUUCUACCAAACGAAUCAUAGAUUUGGACCAAGCAUCACUGGGGUUAAGUCGUGAAUAUUUAAACCGUGGAUUUAGCGACAAGCUAGUACUUGCCUAUUACGAUUACAUGGUAGACAUCGCCACUCUCCUCGGAGCUGAUCGUGCUCGAGCUGAAGUGGAACUCAAAGAUUCUCUCCAAUUCGAAAUGAAACUUGCCAAUAUUUCCUUGCCAUUAGAAAAACGUCGUAAUGCGACUAGCUUGUACAACCCUAUGACAAUUGGCGAACUGCAACAAAAAUUCCCAAGAAUUCCAUGGCUCACUUACAUCAACCGUUUAUUGUCGCCUCAUGUACAAAUUGGACUUGACGAAAUAGCGAUUGUUAAUGUGCCUAAAUACAUCAGUGAUCUCGAGGAUCUUCUAGAGAAAACCCCAAAACGUGUUCAAGCAAAUUAUGUAAUGUGGCGUGUAGCGGGCGCGUCUAUUUCUUAUUUGACUGACGACUUGCGAAGACGUCAACUGGCCUAUGUGACUGCGCUUUCCGGAAAGACAGAGCGCGAGAGCCGUUGGAAAGAAUGUGCUGAUACUACUAGUGUCAGCAUGUCAAUCGCCGUUGGUGCACUAUACAUCAGAAAAUAUUUCAACGAAAAUUCUAAAGCAAAUGCCUUGGAAAUGGUUAAUGAUAUAAGGCAACAAUUCCGUAAAACAUUAACUGAAGUAGAUUGGAUGGAUGAACAUACUCGUAAAGAAGCUUUAGAGAAGGCUGAUGCAAUGGCCUCUCACAUCGCUUACCCUAAUGAAAUGCUUGACGACGACAAACUAACCGAAUUUUAUGCUGACCUGGAGAUGUCAUCUGACAAACUGAUGGAAUCCGUUCUAAAUCUUACUCUAUUCGGGACAGAGUAUCUCUUUGGCAAGCUCCGGGAGCCCGUCAACAAAACUGACUGGGUCACUCACGGUAGACCAGCAAUUGUCAACGCUUUCUACUCCUCUAUUGAAAAUAGCAUACAGUUUCCUGCUGGUAUCCUACAAGGCGCCUUCUUUUCGGCUAAACGUCCAGCUUACAUGAAUUAUGGUGCCAUCGGCUUCGUAAUUGGGCAUGAAAUUACACACGGAUUCGACGAUCAGGGUCGCCAAUUCGACAAAAAUGGUAAUUUAGUUGACUGGUGGCAAGAGAUGACUAAGCAAAAAUACCUGGAAAAAGCAAAAUGUAUAAUUGAUCAGUAUUCAAACUAUACAGUUAAAGAAGUCAACAUGAAGCUCAACGGAGUGAACACACAAGGUGAAAAUAUAGCUGACAACGGCGGUAUCAAAGAAGCGUACUACGCAUAUCAAGCUUGGACUCAACGGCACGGCGAGGAAGCACGACUUCCGGGGCUUGAAAAAUACAGUCCAAGACAGCUUUUCUGGAUGAGUGCUGCUAACACCUGGUGUUCGGUGUAUCGCAAUGAAGCUAUCAAGCUCCGCAUCACUACCGGCUUCCACGCGCCUGGACGUUUCCGCGUCGUAGGACCGAUGUCUAACAUGGAGGAAUUCGCGUCGGACUUCAAAUGUCCGCUCGGUUCUCCAAUGAACCCUGUCAAAAAAUGUAAAGUGUGG